AUGGCCAUGGACCAGCUGCCCGAGGACCUGCUCGCCGACGUCCUCCGCUGCCUCCCUCCGCGCGUCCUCGCCGCGGCGCGGUGCGUGCACAGCUCCUGGCGCGCCGCCGUCGACGCCCGCCGCCUCAUGGACCCCCCACGCCUCCCGCUCGCCGGCAUCCUCAUCAACUUCCAAGGCCGCGAGUUCACGCACCUCUUCGCAUGCCCCCCCUCGCCGGCCUCGUCCGUGGCCACCGCCAAGUUCCUCCGGCGCCUUCCCGACUGGGGCUGUGACGUGCUCGUCAAGGACCACUGCAAUGGCCUCCUCCUCCUGCUGGGCGGCUACGUGGUGAGCCCGGCCGCGCGGCGGUGGGCCGUGCUGCCGCGGCCGCGCCGCCGCGACACCAAGGAGCUCUUCUUCCGCCACUACGACUACAUCGCGUUCGAUCCCGCCGUGUCGCCGCACUACGAGGUGUUCGCCGUCCCGGAGGUUCCUUGGAGCCGGGGACCACGGGCGGCGGGGUGGGAGUGGCCGCCGUCGCCGAUGCUGCUGCACGUGUACUCCUCCAGGACUAACAGGUGGGAGGAGAGGUCCUUCCGGCGGCAGGGGGAGGCCUUCGGGACCAUCGCCGACGUGCCUUGGUCUCCCAUGAACCAAAGACGCGCCGUCUACUGGCAUGGACACCUCUACGUGCACCACCAUUUUGUCAUGAGAAUAUCUUUGUUAAGUGGCAAGUACCAAGUAAUCAAGCCACCCCAAGGUAUUAUUACCAAGGCCCAAGAAGUUCCACAACAACGACUCGGAAAAUCGGAGAAAGGUGUGUAUCUUGCAUCAAUCGCUUCUCAUCGCUGGCUUCAAGUAUGGAUCCUCGACGAGGCUCAUGCUCCUACCGAGUGGGUCUUAAAGUAUGAGACAGAUCUUGUCCUUGGCCGUGUGCAAGCAGAUCUGAGAUACAAUCCGGAUGCUCAGGGGUCUUGGAUCAUAGAAGACGUCAACGAUAAUCCCCCUCGUGAUACAUCUCCAGAUUACAAAGAACAAGCUAAGCAGGAAAAUAAGGAUGUCCUUGGCACCAAAGAUUUUUACAUCCUUGGAUUUCACCCUCAUGAAGAAGUUCUCUUUCUGAGCGAGUCCUUGCAGAGAGGAAUGGCCUAUCAUUUGAGUAGCUCGAAGUUCCAAUACCUGGGAAACAUGCGCCCGACACGCUACCAUGGGUUUAGUGAAGGCUAUGAAUUCUUACGAAGUUCAUUUCCAUACACGCCAUGCUUGACCACAGAGUUCCCUACGGAUAAUUGA